CAUACUGCGCCUGCGCACGAGCUCAGGCCCUUUUUUCCCCCUAGCGCUGCGAGGCCUGCAGGUCUGUGCCGAGGGCGCGGGUCUCGUUCGGCAGGAUGGGGUUUGUCAAAGUUGUCAAGAAUAAGGCCUACUUCAAGAGGUACCAAGUGAAAUUCCGGAGAAGGCGAGAGGGAAAGACGGAUUAUUAUGCACGGAAACGUUUAGUAAUCCAAGAUAAAAACAAGUAUAACACACCAAAAUACAGGAUGAUAGUCCGAGUGACCAACAGAGAUAUCAUCUGCCAGAUUGCUUAUGCCCGUAUAGAAGGGGAUAUGAUUGUCUGUGCAGCUUAUGCCCAUGAGUUGCCAAAGUAUGGUGUGAAGGUUGGCCUGACAAAUUAUGCCGCCGCUUACUGCACAGGCCUGCUGCUGGCCCGCAGGCUUCUUAACAGAUUUGGCAUGGACAAGAUCUAUGAAGGUCAGGUGGAAGUGACUGGAGAUGAAUACAAUGUGGAAAGCAUUGAUGGUCAGCCCGGUGCUUUUACAUGCUACUUGGACGCAGGACUUGCCAGAACUACCACGGGAAACAAAGUCUUUGGGGCCCUUAAGGGAGCUGUGGAUGGUGGUCUGUCUAUUCCUCACAGUACCAAACGCUUCCCUGGGUAUGAUUCAGAAAGCAAGGAAUUCAACGCUGAAGUGCAUCGUAAACACAUCAUGGGCCAAAAUGUUGCCGAUUACAUGCGUUAUCUCAUGGAAGAAGAUGAAGAUGCUUAUAAAAAGCAGUUCUCACAGUACAUAAAGAACAACAUCACCCCUGACAUGAUGGAAGAAAUGUACAAGAAAGCUCAUGCUGGUAUACGGGAGAAUCCAGUAUAUGAAAAGAAACCCAAGAGGGAAGUUAAAAAGAAAAGAUGGAACCGCCCCAAGAUGUCCCUUGCCCAGAAGAAAGACCGGGUUGCUCAGAAGAAGGCGAGUUUCCUCAGAGCCCAGGAGCGGGCAGCCGAUAGUUAGAACAUCAAAAUCUGUAAUUUUCUAUGAAGAUUUUCAGAUUAAGACAAUAAACUUAUUGAACAUCA